AUGGCAAGGAGCAGCGGGGGACGGGGGACGGUAAAGGAAGACAUGAAUGGUGACAGGGUCCACUUCAACACAGACAACCAGAGGGUCUUCCUGGGCCCCCGAGGGCUGGACUCUACAGCAGGGGAUCCUGCAGCCCCCAGGAGGCCAAGGCUUGUUCAGACCGGCAUGGCAGUUAUGGCUGUGACGCUCGUCUCCUCUCUGGUGGCUCUCUUUGUUGUGGAUCCCUACCACUCUGGCGGGGUGGCAGAGUUGCAAGAGACUAUCCAGAUGUUUAAAAGCCAUGUGGAGAAUUCUAGCACCUGGAGCACAGAGGUCCAGAUGUUGGCUUGCAGAGUGGACAAUGUCAGUUCUCAGAUCCAGGUGCUCAGCGGUCAUCUGGAAAACACCAGUGCUGACAUCCAGACGGUAAAAGACGUUCUAAAGGAUGCCAAUACCUUGAGUUUCCAGACCCAGAUCUUGAGGAGGUCCAUGGAGGGGGCCAGUGCGGAUAUCCGGAAGCUAAAAGGAGAUCUGGAAAAGGCAAAUGCUUUAAAUUCCCAGACCCACAGUUUCUUAAAAAGCAGUUUAGAAAACUCCAGCAUCGGUCUCCACAUGCUGAGUGGAGGCUUAGGAAACGCCAACGCUGAAAUUGCGAUAUUGAAGGCAGGGCUGAAAAUGGCAAAUGCCCAGGCCCAGUGGGCAAACAGUAGUCUAAAGAAUGCUAAUGCUCAGAUCCAAGUUUUGAGAGGCCAACUGGCUGGUGUCAAUGACUUAAGGGCCCAGAAUCAGGUUUUAAGAAGCAGUUUGGAAGGAGCCAAUGCUGAGAUCCAGAGGGUCAAGGGAAGCCUGCAAAAUUCCAAUGCUUUAAACUCCCAGACACAGACUUUUCUAAGAGGCAGUUUAGACAACACCAGCUCUGAGAUCGAGUUUUUAAGAGGUCAUUUCAAAAGGGCUGGUGAUGAGAUUCACAUGUUAAAAAGAGAUUUGGAAACUGUCACUGCCCAGACCCAAGUCAUAAGCAACAGUCUGAAGCAGACAGAUGCUCAGAUCCAACUAUUAAAAACAGAGCUUGAAAAUGUCAAUGCCUUAGAUUCCAAGACUCAGGUAUUAAGUGGUUAUUUGAAAAAUGCCAGCAGAGAGAUACAGACCCUAAAACAAGGGAUGAAAACUGCUGCAGCCUUAGGUUCUAAGAUCCAGAUGCAAGAGAGCAAUCUUCAGAAGGCCAGUGCUGAGAUCCGGAGGUUAAAAGCAGAUUUAGAGAACACCAAAACACUAACUACGAAAAUCCAGGAGGAGCAGAGUUGCCUGGAGACGGUCCAUGGGGCCCUUGCUUCCCAGGAGCAGCUACAGAGGACCCAAAAUCAACUUCUUCAACUGAUCCUGCAAGGCUGGAAUGUCUACGGCAAGAGCUUGUAUUACUUUUCUCACAUCAAGAAGUCUUGGCACGAGGCUGAGGAGUUCUGUGUGUCCCAGGGAGCGCACCUGGCCUCGGUGACUUCUGAGGAGGAGCAGGCAUUUCUGGUAAGGUUCACGAGUACCUCUUACCACUGGAUUGGCCUCACAGACAGGAGUGAGGAGGGCUCCUGGCACUGGGUGGACGGGACACCAUUCAGUGUCGCCCAGAGCAGAGCGUGA